AGUCAUCUGAGUUUCCAUUAUUUGUUAUGGGGAAGUUCACUUUGAUGUACAGGUGCUUUGGGUUACAAGCAUGUUUACAGAAUGAAUUUUGCUCGCACACCAAGGUGUCACUGUAAUUAUUCUUUUCAUUUUAAUUUUAAAUCUGAACUCAUGUCUUUAGAUUACAUAUGAAAAGAAGAACCAAGAAAAUACUGGUCCUCAGUUGGAUCAGUUUCAUUUUUCUUACAGUAGCAGUGAGUUAUGCCACAUUGUUCAUUCCUUUCAACAUGUAGGAUGAUGCUUCAGUCUCAAAAAGUGUAAUAACUACUAAUCUAUAUUUCACUAGUACUUUUUAAAAAACUUACGUGGAUAAUGAUAAUUUGUUUUCUUUGGAUUGGGGGCUCUAAAAUAUAAAUAAAAUUUAAUAUUAAUGUUUUCCAUUCAUUUUCAGGAACCAGAAAUACCAGCAGAGGAGGGGUACUGUGACUUCAAUAGUAGGCCAAAUGAGAACUCUUACUGCUAUCAACUUCUUCGACAACUAGAUGAACAGAGAAAGAAAGAUAUUCUUUGUGAUGUCAGCAUUGUGGUGAAUGGGAAAAUCUUUAAAGCUCACAAGAACAUCCUGGUUGCAGGCAGCCGUUUCUUUAAGACUUUAUAUUGUGUCUCAAACAAAGACAGCCCUAACCAAAAUAAUACUACCCAUUUAGAUAUUGCUUUAGUUCAAGGUUUUUCGGUCAUCUUGGACUUCUUGUAUUCUGGUAACCUGGUGCUCACUAGCCAAAAUGCCAUUGAAGUGAUGACAGUGGCCAGCUACCUUCAGAUGAGUGAAGUUGUUCAUACUUGCCGAAAUUUCAUUAGAGAUGCCUUAAAUAUAAGCAUUAAAUCAGAAGCUCCAGAAGCUGUAGUUGUGGACUAUAAUAAUAGAAAAUCGAUCAAUAGAGAUGGUCUGUCUUCAUCACGGGAUCAAAAAAUUGCCAGCUUUUGGGCAACACAGAAUCUUACCAACUUGGCAAGUAAUAUAAAAAUGGAAAAUGAUGAUUCUAAUGUCGAUGAGGUCCAAAUGGAAACCUUCCAAGUGAGUGACAAUAACUGGUCCCAGCAUGGUUCUCCAGAAUUGGCUGAAAAUGAGUCUCCGGGUCAAGCAAAAGUGUUUAUUUGGAAUAAUAUAGGUUCCCAGGGAAUUCAAGAGACUGGCAAAACAAGGAGGAAAAACCAGACUGCAAAGAGAUUUGUUUAUAAUACACCACCUAAUAAUGAGACAAAUUUAGAAGACUCCUCAGUGACGCAGGCGCCUAUUGCCCAUCCGGAAGAGAAUAAGACCCUAACCAUCAAGCAGGAGCCAGAUUUGGAUGGUGCUCUGUUCUCAGGGCCAGACGGUGUAAAUGCAAGUCUAUUGGCUGAAGCCUGGUGUGCUCAAGAUGGAGGUGAUGCCGGUACUUCACAUGAUUUCAAAUAUGGUUUGAUACCUGGCCUGUCAAGUGAUUUCAAGUAUGGAUUACUACCAGGCACCUCAAAUGAUUUCAAGUAUGGGUUGCUCCCAGGUGCUUCAAAUGAUUUCAAGUACGGAUUAUUGCCAGACUCUUGGCCAAAACAAGAAACUUGGGAAAAUGGCGAAUCAUCUCUAAUCAUGGUGAACAAGUUAAAAUGCCCUCAUUGUAGCUAUGUAGCCAAAUACAGACGAACACUAAAAAGGCACUUGCUCAUUCAUACGGGAGUGAGAUCAUUUAGCUGUGAUAUUUGUGGGAAGCUGUUUACUCGAAGAGAACAUGUAAAAAGACAUUCCUUGGUGCAUACAAAGGAUAAAAAAUACAAAUGUAUGGUGUGUAAGAAGAUCUUCAUGUUAGCAGCCAGUGUUGGAAUAAGACAUGGAUCUCGUCGCUAUGGUGUUUGUGUAGACUGUGCAGAUAAAUCACAACCAGGAGGGCAAGAAGGUGUAGAUCAGGGACAGGACACAGAAUUCCCUCGGGAUGAAGAAUACGAGGAGAACGAAGUACGAGAAGCUGAUGAAGAGCUGGUUGAUGACGGUGAAGAUCAGAAUGAUCCACCUCGAUGGGAUGAAUCAGGAGAUGUUUGUAUGCCCCUGGAUGAUUAACUGACCUACUUACUAAACUCCUCAAGGAUGCUGCAUUUGGACAUAACAUGAAUCGACAAUUUGGAUUGUUGAACUUGAAGGCUUGCAAAAUAUGGUACAUGCUGGA